CAUGUACACUCCACUCCGGGUUUUCCUCUGUGCCGUUGGGCUACUCACAGCCUCUAGCUGGUUUUGACUAAACUCUCGUCCUGAUAUCGCUCCGCUGGCAUGGAGGAGGAUAGGUCUUGAUGAUUGUGAUGGUGGCAGCGAACAGCUACUAGCGACCAGCGGAGAGAUCACGGCCACCGCGGUGUCUUCAGGAUUUCGCUGUGCACCAGUUCACGGGACCCGGUUCCCCAACACGACAACUCUUCUUCACGUUCAGCUUAAGGAUUUUUACCGACCAAACCAAUGAAAUGCAGCAAGUUCACGGAGCAACUCCGGAGCCCCUUCGGUUCAAACAGCAAAACUUUUUCACAAAGGACAACAUAAUAAAACAACGGCGAGCUCGAGGCAGCGUCGGUCUGUUAUGUGUGUGAGUGGGAAUCGGAGGCAGUGAUUAUCGCCUGUAGCUUAAUAUCCGGUUGUUUCCUAUGGAGUUAUUACCUUUACUAAUAGUCUGGCCGCGGUUGAUGUGUUGAUUUACGGACCAGCUUGCUCGUUCUUGAAGCCUUCGUGCUGGGCUAUGGGAUAUUGUUAUCGGUGUUUUUCAUGGACGGGACAAGGUGAUAUUUGAAAACCGUGUUGAAUGGUGGAGCCUCCGCGUCCUGUCCCGAAGGAGGGAACCAGAAUCAACACCGAUCACCGUUUGUUUACUGUCCUUACGGUCAUUUGAAUCACCCGGUCCGUCUUGUUCGUCAUUUAAUCUAACUACCAUUUCCCAUUUCCCAGUAACAUUUAGCCUAGAAGACGAAGUGACUACUUUGAGGCUUGAGGGGAAGAAAAACUUAGUCCAAAAUACUAUCAUUUCGGGUGAAUGAUGGGGGACUUUGCAACCCCCGCUGCCGCGAACGGCAGUAACAUUUGCAUCAACAACAAUGCCAUGGCGAGUGGCAUGAAUCCGGGUGUAAACCCCAACAACGUGGGCAUUCCCAAACACAGCACGGUCGUGGAGAGACUACGGCAGAGGAUAGAAGGGUGCAGGCGGCACCAUGUCAACUGUGAGAACCGUUACCAGCAAGCCCACGCCGAGCAGCUGGAGAUCGAGCGGAGGGAGACGGUGAGUCUCUACCAGCGGAGCCUGGAGCAGAGGGCGAAGAAAUCUGCCAACAGCAAGCAUCAGAGUAAACAGCAAGACCCCGAGUCGGCGUCUUCGACGGAGCAGAGGAACAACACACUUAUAGCGCUCCAGGAGACGGUGAAGAGGAAACUGGACAGCGCACGCUCGCCCCUCAAUGGUGACCAGAACGGGAUCUGCGACGGGAGCUAUUCCCCGACCACCAAGAGGUUACGGAAAGACGGACCAGGAUCGGGCGGGCUGGACUCUCUCCCGGGCCUCCCCAACAACGCCCCCCCCAUUUCCCCGCUCCACCAGAUGGACAUCAAGCCCUUACUGGGAGUCACCGGGAACCCCAACAACCCCAGCGUCAACAACAACAAUAACAACGUGAAUGUCAACAACUGUAACUCCGGUCCCGGCAGCAAUGGUAGCCAUGGCAACCACGCUGGCAGCGGCUUGGGCUCAGGUCGCCCGGCUGACGUCAAGCUCAACGGCGAUCUCCCCAACGUCAAGCUCAACGGUUCCUUAGACCUGGACGACGGCUUCGGACUCCUCAAAGACCUGAAACAGGAGCCGCUCGACGACGGGGGAGGGAUUGAGUCGUCGGACACGUCCUUGUCCAAUCAGAACAAGCUGUUUUCGGACAUCAACCUGAAUGACCAGGAGUGGCAGGAGCUGAUUGAUGAGCUGGCCAAUACGGUGCCGGAAGACGACAUGCAGGACCUCUUCAAUGAAGACUUUGAGGAGAAGAAGGAAGCAGAGUUUACCAGGCCGGCCAAUCAGACCCCGGUACCGCAGGACCCGCCUCCCAUGGCCACAGUGGCUCAUCAACAGACGAACCAAGCGCAGGGGGCGGCACAAGUCCCCAUGGGUUCCCCACAGGUCCGGCCGUCGUCUUCGGGCCCUCAGUUUGCCACCGCCGCCAACGGAACACCGCCCCAGCAGCCUUUGCAGCAGUCCCCACAGGUCGCCAUGGCCUCAGGCUCCCCUCUCCCCAACUGUGUGGCCCGGUCGCCGCAGACGCCCACCCAGGCCCAGACGCAGGCUGGCCCCAGACCAGGGAAUGGAUUUAUGAUGAACCCAGGCCAAGGUGUGGGCCAGGCGGGUACAGGAUCCAAUGGCCCUGGAGUCCCCACUGGAAUCCAAGGGCCUGGGCCGGUGACCUCUGAACUGUCGCCUGCUGAGCAACUGAAAGCGAUGGCGGCACAGCAGCGCGCUAAGCUAAUGCAGCAGCAGAAACAACAGCAGCAACAGCAGCAGGCUAACUGGUCCCCAGCCGGAGCUCCAACCAGCCCCUACGCCUCUGCUCCUUUCAACCAGCAGGACAAGCCAAACAGCCCGAUGAUGUACCCACCUCAAGCCUUCAACCAGCAGGACAAGCCCAACAGCCCGAUGAUGUACCCACCUCAAGCCUUCAACCCUGGCCAACAGGGCCCCCUGGUGGCUGGGAUGACCUCGAGCAACGGCCCCAAAACUCCCAUGAACAACUACCUCCCUCAGAACCCCCACAACCACAUGGGCAUGAUAAGUCAACAACAACAACAGACAAACAACAUGGGCGCCCAACAGAACACCCUCUCUAAACAACAACAACAACAACUACAACAACAGCAAACGGCAGCCAUGUUGUCCUACAACAACACAAAGCCGCUGAGUCACUUCAGCACGAUGGGGGUCGAUCACAUGGGGCAGAGGAUGACCCCGCCCAUGGGAUCACAGGUCAAGAACCCCAUGAUGCCCCCAUACAUGCAACAGGGAGGGGUGCAGGGGGCGGGGCCAGGCCAGACCCAGGGACCAAUCCCGGGCCAGACGGCUCACCUCAGCGAGGAGCAGAAGAGGAUGCUGCUGAUGAAGCAGAAGGUGCUGAACCAGAGCAUGCCCUACAGCGCCAUGCAGCCCCACGGACAGGUAGGACGGAUGCCAUUUUGGAUCUGUUGCAGGCUUUGUAAUGUGGAAUUGGUGAAACUGGAGCAGAAACCCAUUUUGGCUCUGGUUUAGUUUGUGUAGAGCUUUUUACUGUGUGGGAUUGGAGCACCAUUAUGGCUCUGGUUGUUUUUCUGGAUACACUUUUACAGUGUGAAUAGUGGUGAUUACUGUGCAGAAUGGGAGCCAUCUUGUCUUCUGGUUGAGCUUUGUACAAUGUGGAAUUGGUGAAACUGGUGUCCAUUUUGGUUCUGUUUUUUUUCCUAUAAUGGUUCAUUGUACAGGGUGGAUUGAGAAAUGGAAGCCCCAUUUGCAACGCUAAGACAAGCAUCUCAGACAACGAUGCUCUCAACACAAGGCCUCAACGGUUGUGGUUAUUGUUUGGAGAGAGGAGAGCUAGCUGGUGAACACACAUCUCUCUCUGUCUGUCUCUCUCCUCUGUCUACUGUAACUGCACGUAGAUCCAAACAGUAGUUUACAUUUUUCAGUCAGGAAUCCAGUUUUAAAAAUGAGCCCAAGGUGAGAGGAU